AUGGGUUCCUAUUACCAUAAACACAUUAUCAUCCUAAAUCCAAAAGUCAAAACUCUUCACUAUGAUUGCCACAAUGAGCUGAAUACUGGAGCCGAAAUACCCGUGGUGGGAUUCGGGACCUGGCAAGCCGCUCCUGGAGAGGCCGGACGAGCUGUGAAGAUCGCCAUGAAAUCUGGCUAUAAACACCUGUUGUGGUCCUCGCAACACUCCCAAGUCGAAGCUUCCCUCCGCCGCUCCCUAGCAGACCUACAACUCGAUUAUGUCGACCUGUAUCUCAUGCACUGGCCCAUCUCACUCCCGCCCAACGAAGCUACGGCCGCGAACUUCCGCAAAGAAGACCGCACUACUCAUGCCCUUGACUGGGACUUCACUAACACCUGGACUGAUAUGGAGAAGCUGCUCGGUACUGGUCUGACUAAGGCAAUCGGUGUCGCGAACUUCUCAACCGUGAAUCUUGAGAAACUCCUGAAGACAGCUAAGGUGGUUCCAGCCGAGCCACAGAAUCCACUAAACAGCCAUCCGGUUGUACUAGAGAUCGCAGAGAAGAGGAAGCGCAGCGCAGCGCAGGUGAUGCUCUCGUGGGGCGUGGCACGGGGGUGGAGUGUUAUCCCGAAGCGUGCGACGGAGGACCGGAUAAAGAGCAAUCUAGCAGUUUUCGAGUUGAGCGCGGAGGAGGUUGCGAAGCUGGACCAGCUGGCAAAGACGCAGGGAAGGAGGUUCAACAGGCCGAAUUGGGGGACCACGGUGUUUCAUGAUGAUGAUGAGAGUGUUGUGUAA